CGGGCAACAACACAGUGUGACAGCGGCGGCUGAGCAGAGCGGCGGUGACCGGGGCCGCGGUGACAGGGGGAGUCCUGCCGAGCACCGGGGGACGAGGACCGGCCUUCUCCCGGAUCACAGCGGUGACAUAGUAGACAUGUGAUUGUUCCUCUGUGGAUUGGAAACCCUGAGUCGGAGCUGAAGAUGGGCCUCCUGUACUUGGUGGAGCCAAUAAUGGCCAUCUACUGCUUUGCCAAUUUCGUCAGCUUCCCUGUGAUGCAGCAGUUCGUGUAUCACAGACUCUGGGAGAUGGAGUUUAAUUCCAGCGUCGUCUUCAAUGACAGCUUAUCAAAUUGCGUAACAAACCAAAGUGACCCCAACUAUAUCCAUCAGAAGGAGGUCCAAAAAAAAGCGUCCGCCUUCAGUACCACUCUGGACUUAAGUUCGCUGAUCCCAAGUUUGGUAAUGGCAAUAAUCCUGGUGUCCUACGGUGAUCGACAUGGACGCAAAGCCUCAAUGCUGCUGCCCUCUAUAGGCGGCUUACUGUCCGUCAGUUCAUUCUUUUUCGUUUCCUUCUUCGACCUGCCCCUUCGUAUUUUAUAUAUAUCCUCCGUCUUGAGUGGAUUCCUGGGCGGCUUUGCUACUUUUAUAGGAGGUUGCUUUUCUUACAUAGCGGACAUAGCUAAAGGCGUGCAGAAUAAGAACGUCCGCAUAGCUUUUAUCGACAUGAUCCUUGGGGUGUCGAUUGGGGUGGCGGGGAUCACUUCUGGGUAUAUCAUCAAAGCAAUAGGAUUUACGUGGUCCUUUGUCCUCCCGGUGUCUCUGCACAUCUUCAAUAUUUUCUAUAUUCUUUUUAUACUGGAAGAGACUGUGAAGAGGUCAGAGUUUCAGCAGAAUGUGCUGAGUAAGGAAGGCUUCAAGGAGCUUUUCUCUGGCGUUUUUCUACUUUUUAAGCAUGCGUCCUACAAGAAGCGGCUGGCCAUUGGCUUGCUCCUGUUUGCCUUUAUGUCCUAUCUGUUUAUCAGUUUUGGAGCCUCGAACCUCUUCACCCUUUACGAGUUGGACUCCCCACUCUGUUGGGAUUCUGUACUUAUUGGAUGGGGGUCAGGCCUGUCCACAAUAGACUAUGUCGGAGGUUUCCUCGGCGUUUUUCUGUUUACACGUUGUCUGAAAGAUGCCCACAUCGUCUUCAUUGGAAUAUUGUCUUGGAUCAGCGGCAGUGCGAUGGCAGCCUUUGCCACCACAACAGUCACUAUGAUGUUAGUGAGGGUUCCUCUGGUGUUUUUUUCAAUGCCCCUUCCAAUCUUCAGGUCGAUGAUGUCCAAAGUGGUUUUGGAAAAUGAGCAAGGAGCGCUGUUUGCUUGCAUCGCCUGUCUGGAGAGUUUAACGGGGAGCCUGUCUUUUGCCACGUUUAACAGCAUCUACGGGGCCACGGUGGUGUGGUUUCCCGGGUUUUCCUUCCUCUUAUCUGCCUUCCUCUGCCUAAUCCCAUUCGCCGUGGUGUGGAUUUUGCUUUGCAUCGGGUAUGAAGAAACGGACCACGUUCUUCUGAUUAAUGAAGACUCCAAUACUGAAGUGCAGCCCUCCAAUAGUAUCUGACUGUAAGCACUUCAGGAGAACCAGCAAAUCUCUCUGUCUUUGUAGACAGAGUGGUAUGAAUUAUUGUAGAACCGCCAAUUGCUGUAUUUUCUGGACUGUAAAACGCAUUUUUGUAGCAAGAAAAAGUCUUGCUAAAAAGUGCCUGCAUCUUAUAGUCUGCAGCCAAGGUGAUCCAGCAGUGCCAGACCUCUCGGACUGCGGUAGAGCGCUCAUACAGCACCGCUGGAUCAGUAAAAGAGCUGUGCGUCUGCACACUCCUCUCUUCCCCUGCCUGACACCAGCCUGUGUGAUCAGUGCAGGCAGCAGAGCUCCCGUCCAGCACAGCUCCUAUCCUGCACUUCCAGCAAUGUCGGGGUCGCAUAGCAUUGUAUUGAUUUAUAAUGCUAUGUAACCCUUAGAGGUCUGGAAUGUAUUGGAUAAGACUAAUGUAAUGCUGUCCAGUCUUAUCCAGUACAUUAUAGACCUCUAAGGGUUGCAUCAUAAAUCAAUACAAUGCUAUGCGACCCCCGUCAGUGCUGGAAGUGCAGGUCGGGUGCUGCGCUGCGAGUCCGUAGCGUGACACCCGCUCGUCUGAAAGUGUCCUUAGGGCGCCUUCACACACAGCAAAUUUUGUGGCAGAAAAUUCCGCAACUGAAAAUCUGUUUCAUUCGCCUGAAUGGGGCUUGCAGAAAUCCAUGCGCCUGCUGCCUCGUUCAAAUGACUUGCCUCACCUGACCUCUUCUCUAUAGAUGGUAGGCUCGUAUCUGCAGGGCACUGUACCUUAAUUUCGUUUGUAGCUGUUACAAGUGUUACCUCAAUAUUGUGCGGUGAAAGUUUACGGCUUUAUGUAGAUAAAUAAUGUACUACUUGAUUUGAGUAUCUAAAUAAUGUCUAAAAUAGGAGAGCCACUAAUGCUAGUAUAAAGGCUUAUGCACAUACGGGUAUGAUUCCAUCCUUCACGAUACUCGCACCUCUGCCCUGUACACAGCCUUGGAUGAAACCCUUUAGGACAGGGAUGCUUAACCUGCAGCCCUCAAGCUAUUGCAAAACUACAACUCCCAGCGUGCCCUAAUAGCUGUAGGCUGUCCAGGCAUGCUGGGAGUUGUAGUUUUGCAACAGCUGGAGGGCCGCAGGUUAAGCAUCCCAGCCUUAGGACAUAAUGGGGCAGUAAAGGCCAUUUAGGCCUUUUUCACACGGGCGUGACGGAUUAGGUCCGGAUGCGUUCAGUGAAACUCACAACAGUUCAGUCAGUUUUGUCUGCGAUUGCGUUCAGUUGCUCAGUUUUUUCCGCGCGGGUGCAAUGCGUUUUGAUGUGUUUUUCACACACGUGAUAAAAAAAACUGAAGGUUUACAAACAUCUCUUAGCAACCAUCAGUAAAAACGCAUCGCGUCCGCACCUGCUUCUGGAUGAAAUGCGUUUUUCAUUAAAGCCCCAUUCACUUCUAUGGGGCCAGGGCUGCGUGAAAAACGCAGACUAUAGAACAUGCUGCGUUUUUCACGCAACGCAGAACUGAUGCGUGAA